AUGCACUACCACAGACCUAGCAUCACAAUCAUCGCACUUUCAAGAAAACAGAAACCCGUAAAAACCCGCACAGCAUCCAAUCCAAUCCAAGCAGUACUCAACCCUACAUCCUUACCAUCCCCAAAAAAAAUCACACAUGAAAGCACAUUCCACAAUCAAACACCAGUGGGAACGAAAUAAACACACCAAUCCACCACCCCAACCUACCAUCAAAUCCCAAUCUGAACACUAGACCAUCCCAACACCUUUUUCCCAUUUCCUUCCUUCUCCAGAAUCCAGCCUUCACAACACUCCUUUUUAGCGAAACAGUGGUUAUAUUGUAUUGCAAAGGGUUCUACCUAUUAACAUACCUACCACCGCAGAGACUA